AUGAUGCUAACGGACAUUAUAGCGAUCACCCGGGCCGGAGUAGAACUCUCCGGGUGCUCAACCAAGAGCCAUACGCGUCGCUGGAAUUCGUUCUCGGGAAGGGGUUUUUCUACCUCCUUGAUAAAUCCCUCUUCUGCACGGUAUUUGUCAAUGACCUCCUCCCCGAGCUCGAAAAAUCUGAUCUCUUCAAGAAAAAUAUCCAGUGGCACAUUUUGGGGUCUCCGGAGGCGCCCGCCACUGUGUUUUACUUUCUUUCUUUCUUUCUUUCUUUCUUUACGUCCGUUUUUUCUUGUUAACAAGUUAGACUUUUACUUUUUUUCCUUACUUUCUUUCUUUCUUUCGUUUCUUUCUUUCUUUCUUUCUUUCUUUUCUUUCUUUCUUUCUUUACGUCCGUUUUUUCUUACUUUUACUUUCUUUCCUUUCUUUUUCACUUUCUUUCUUUAUUCUUUCUUUCUUUCUUUCUUUUCUUUCUUUCUUUCUUUACGUCCGUUUUUUCUUGUUAACAAUUUAGACUUUUACUUUCUUUCUUUCCUUUCUUUCUUUCUUUCUUUCUUUCUUUUUCUUUCUUUCUUUUCUUUCUUUCUUUCUUUACGUCCGUUUUUUCUUGUUAACAAGUUAGACUUUUGCUUUCUUUCCUUACUUUCUUUCUUUCUUUUCUUUCUUUCUUUCUUUACACUUUUACUUUCUUUCUUUCUUUUCUUUCUUUCUUUUUUAUUUCUUUCUUUCUUUCUUUCUUUUCUUUCUUUCUUUCUUUCUUUACGUCCGUUUUUUCUUAACAAGUUAGACUUUUACUUUCUUUCUUUCCUUUCUUUCUUUUACUUUCUUUCUUUCCUUUCUUUCUUUUCUUUCUUUCUUUCUUUACGUCCACUUUUACUUUCUUUCCUUUCUUUUUCACUUUCUUUCUUUAUUCUUUCUUUCUUUCUUUCUUUCUUUCUUUCUUUACAAUCUGAAGACGCGGUAAAGUGCGUAACGAUUAUCUAUCUAUCUAUCUAUCUAUCUAUCUAUCUAUCUAUCUAUCUAUCUAUCUAUCACAGCCUGUUCAAUAUCUAUCUAAUACUCUUUAGUAUCUAUCUAUCUAUCUAUCUAUCUAUCUAUCUAUCUAUCUAUCUAUCACAGCCUGUUCAAUAUCUAUCUAAUACUCUUCAGUAUCUAUCUAUCUAUCUAUCUAUCUAUCUAUCUAUCUAUCUAUCUAUCUAUCUAUCUAUCUCAUUCAUAUCUAUCUAUCUAUCUAUCUAUCUAUCUAUCUAUCUAUCUAUCUAUCUAUCUCAGCCUGUUCAAUAUCUAUCUCAGCCUGUUCAAUAUCUAUCUCAUACUCUUCAGUAUCUAUCUAUCUAUCUAUCUAUCUAUCUAUCUAUCUCAUUCAUAUCUAUCUAUCUAUCUAUCUAUCUAUCUAUCUAUCUAUCUCAGCCUGUUCAAUAUCUAUCUCAGCCUGUUCAAUAUCUAUCUCAUACUCUUCAGUAUCUAUCUAUCUAUCUAUCUAUCUAUCUAUCUAUCUAUCUAUCUAUCUAUCUAUCUAUCUUUAAAAUAUAUCUUCGCUGUUGA